AUGGAAGAACACGAAGUCGACCCGGGCAGGGAGAACCGCCAGUCGCUUCACUCCGUCAACUCCGCCGUGGAAGCGAUGCAGCGAGCUGCCGACAGGCUCAUUGCCACGACCGAGUCCUUCCGCGUUCAGUUUCGAGAACGACAGGACGCCCGCGAAUCCCAACGUGAGGGCGAGACUGCUACACCCUUUGAAGAUGCUCUGGAGACUCGCCCGUCAUCGCGCCCGGCAACGGCCACGAAUGAUGUCACAAAAGGUGCCGCCGGCCAGGACCACACCUUGCCCUUCACAAGCAACGACGCGAACGGAACAGCAUCUACAGGCUCUAAUCCGUCGGCGAGCUUGCACUCUACCUCCCCGGGCACAUACCCGGCACAGAUCCCAGACGAUCUUCCUUCCGCAACCUCCCCAGCGACUCCUCAACCUUCCCCCACGCCAGGCAAGGACGGCGACGAGCAACUGGCCUUUGAGAGGCCGCCCUUUUCCCUAUUACGCGAAGCUUUCAUCGUCUUCGUCAUCUGCUUUGCCCAGCUCCUCGCGUAUGCUGCUUUUGCGCAGGCCCUUGCGCCCGCCCAAAAGAUUGCCGAAUCGUUUCCCAACAGCGCACCUGCUCACUUGUCGUGGUACACCGCUGCCUAUGCCAUGGGCGUCUUCAUCGCCGGUUUCGCCUGGUUCUCGCUUUGGAGCACCCUCGCCGGCCUGAGCGUCUACGUCGAGCGCUCCAUCGCCAACGGCACCAUCUACUUUUGUGUCUGCAGGGGCCUGCAAGGUCUCGGCGCCGCCAUCAUCGUUCCCAACGCCCAGGCCAUCCUGGACCGCGUAUACGUUCUAGGCCCUCGCAGAAAUCUCGUCAUGUGCCUCCUCAGUGCCUCGGCCCCUCUCGGCUUCGUCGCCGGCGCCGUCAUGGCGAGUCUUUUUGCCGAGCUCACGUCUUGGGAGUGGGCCUUCUUCGUGCUCGGUGCCGUCUGUCUCACGUUUGCGUGCCAAGGCAUGAUUGUGCUCCCCGCGGACACUGGCCUGACCACGGGCAUGCGCACUGUGAAAUUUUGA